AACGAGGCCGAGGGGAGGGCCGUUUCUGUGGCAACGGGAACUUGCGGCUGAGGGCUACCGAGGGAAAUGGAAGAACCCGGAGAUUAUAGGUGCAUUGAGUGCAGUAGGAAGGCUCCUGAGCUGUACAAGGAUUACCAGCGUGGCGUGCUGCGUAUUUCUAUCUGCAAAUCCUGUCAGAAACCAGUGGACAAGUAUAUAGAAUAUGAUCCUGUUAUCAUCUUAAUUAAUGCUAUCUUAUGCAAAGCACAGGCUUACAGACAUAUACUGUUCAAUACGAAGAUAAAUAUUCAUGGGAAGCUUUGCAUAUUCUGUUUGCUUUGUGAGGCUUAUAUCAGAUGGUUGCAGUUACAGGAUUCAAGCCAAAGCACUGAUCCUGAUGAUCUAAUUAGAUAUGCCAAGGAAUGGGAUUUUUAUCGAAUGUUUGGGAUAGCGUCUCUGGAACAAACUGCCUUUUUGAUUGGCAUCUUCACUGCUUUGUGGCUAGCAAGAGCUGUAGUCCUGACAACCAAGGCAGAUUUCACCUUUCUUCUGAAGGCCUUGUUGCUAUCCAGCUAUGGAAAACUUCUGUUGAUUCCAGCUGUUAUUUGGGAACAUGACUAUAGUCAUUUGUGCCUCUUGCUCAUUAAAGUGUUCGUCUUGACAUCAAACUCGCAAGCAAUUAGAGUUACCUUGAAUACAAGCCGAAAACUUUGUCUGGUGGCCAUUGUGAGUGGAUUAAUUUUUGAAAAUGCUAUCAUCAACUUGUUCCAGAGGAUAGGAUGGAAUGUUUGAAGCAAUCUUGAUUUAAUUUGUUUUAGGUGGAAUUACUUGAAGAUAUACAGGAGAUGAUGUUUUUUGAGUCAAUAUUUUUGCCACUGUUUACUACCUGUUUGUUAUAAAUGCAGUGGUAAAGAGACAAUGAACAUAAAGAAAACGUUCCAUGCUGAAGAGGAGAUAGUAAUAUGAAGAGUGCAAUGAUGCACUGAUGGAAUGUAGUUAGUUCUAUAACAUACUUCAGUAUUUUUCAUUUGUCAAAAUUUUCUUGGACUGGUGGUACUGCUGUCCUAGAUAUUUAUGGAUCCAGUUGUGGUCCAUUUUUCUACUACACUGUUUAGUGUUUUGUAUUUU